AUGAAGUAAUCAAUUAUUAGUCCAGUCAAUCAGCUUAACUCUCCAUCUAUUUCACACUUCAGAUCAUAAACAAGUGGUUCUGGUGUUUUUGAUUAAUCUCGUAUAUUGGAGGAGACAACAGAGAAGUUCUAACGAUCGUGGAUGAUGCUUGAGAAUGUGGAAUAAUUGAAAAGCCUUCGUUAUACAUUGAAGUAAACAUUGACUGAACCCAAUUUACAUUAAGAUUGUUAACUAAGUGGAACACUUAUAUCUGGGAAGGUAUAUAAAGUGACUCCUAUGGAAUUCUAUUAUUGCAAUAUUCCCACUAAAGGUUACAAAUCUCCUUUGAAUUGUACAGUGUAUUGCGAUGGGGAAUUCCAUAUAAUGAUAUCUUUUAAUUCUCCAUUUCCAACUAAAUUUAAUUGCGAUUAAGUAAUUAGAAAUAGAACAUGGACUGUUAGACAUAAUGGAGAAGAGAAACUUAAUUUAGCAUUUGUGGCUCGUAAAUAAACAGAUAUAAAAUUUAUGANAUAUAAUAUUAAUUAUAAUAAAAAGUUUUUAAAGCAUUUUUAUUUAAUUUGA